AUGCCAGGAAGCAUUAAGUCAGAAGAUGAUCCAACUGCUCAGCAUAUCGAAGCUGGUGAUAUGGAAAAGCAAGACUUGAGGAUUGUCCCCGAAGAACGACAGUCCUCCAUUCGCAGAAAGUUUGACCGACGCGUACUUCCCCUCGUCUGUGCUCUUUACAUCCUCUCAUACCUGGACAGAGGAAAUAUCGGCAAUGCAAAGACCGCAGGCCUUGACACCGAUCUUGGCCUGAGUGACUAUCAAUGGUCCUGGGUUCUUUAUGCGUUUUACAUCUCCUAUAUUGUGUUUGAAUGGUCGACAGUCCUGUGGAAGAUCUUGCCUGCCCACUCUUACAUUGCAGUUCUUUGCAUAUGCUGGGGUGCAGCUGCCAUGUGCAGUGGUGCAGUCAAUACAUUUGCCCAACUCCUCGCCACGCGCUCCCUCCUCGGGAUCUUUGAGUCUGUCUUCGGAUGCGGAGCCCCCUACUUCCUGUCUCUCUUCUACCAAAGAAAAGAACUUGGGCUGAGAGUUUCUCUCCUCCUUGGCAUGUCCCCAGUCGCCAACUGCUUUGCAUCAGCCCUCGCAUACGGUAUCACCCAUAUCAAAGGUCCAAUGGAGUCAUGGAGAUAUCUAUUUAUAAUAGAGGGCGCCCCAACCGUCCUCUUCUCCGUAGUAGUAUACUUCUACCUCCCUGACUCCCCCGGAACCGCAAAAUUCCUCACAGAAACCGAACAAACCGAAGCCAUCGAGCGAUUACAAGACUUCGACACAACCGCCAAAAACAAAGUCCGCUGGUCCCAGGUCCUGAGCGGACUACAAGACUACAAAAACUAUGUCCACAUGGCCAUCCACUUCUGCUGCAACUACUCUUUCGCCGGCUUAUCCAACUUCCUCCCCUCAAUCCUCCAAGCAAUGGGUUACACAUCAAUCAAUGCCCAAGGCCUCUCCGCACCGCCAUACCUAGUCUCAUUCCUCUGCUGCGUAGCAGCAGCAUUCCCUCUCAGACCGCCUGGCUAA